AGUUCUUGCCUCUUGAUUGUGCGUAUUCGCCUUCCCGUACUCUCGUCCCCCACAAUGAUUUCUGUAUUGCAGGAGCUGACGAGCAAAUAAUUGAGUGACGGUUAUCUCUGGUAGUGAAGUAGGAUGAAGGUGGACCUGUUGCCGCUGGACGAGAAGGUGUCGAUUGUUUCAUGAUUUGAUUAUACAAAGUGAAAGUACUGACUUAAAGUAGAAAUAACCGCCCACCUCUUGCGUGAGCUGCACUAAAGGUACAAAUUUGUUUUCCAAGAUGAAGAUGUUAUCGCGGGCAGUCAAUAGCUGCCACUGUGGCACUUCUACCUGCCUGGUCGCGAGGCAAGGCUGCAGCUCCCCCUCUUCGGGGGUCAUAUCAAAUGUAAAAAUGUCUGGGUCUGGAAGAUUCCGAGAUUUGUCAUGCAGUUUUUCGAAGCUCCACCAAGUCUGGAAUGCAAGGCCUAGCAUCACAGGCUCUGCAGCCCCUUGGUGAUGCCCAUUAUGCAUGGGAAAUGCCCUCUCAGCAUGGCGAGAAAUGGGGACCUUUUGCAAGUCAUGCAACACAGAUUUUUGUAUGAUCCGCAACACGCAUCACAAGUUGCAUUCUUCCAGACCCAGACAUUUUUACAGUUGAUAGGUCACUACUGGCGCCAAUUCCUGGACGGGUCUAAGUGCCGCAGAACGCCACCUUCCCCGACAAGAACACCAGUUGCGGCGCUAUUCAACGCCAGCUUCCUCCUCGUCCUCCUCCUCGUCACCACCGCAAAAGAUUUUCAUCAAUGACUAUCAAAUGCAAAAGCGUCUGAGUCUGGAAGGUUGGAACUUGUGAUGCUAACUUUGGACUCUAGAAAAAUCUGUAUUGCAUGACCAGCAAGAGGAGUCUGGUUUGUGCUACGCGGGGAGGGCAUUUGUCAUGCGGAGUAGGCGUCAGGAACCCUCUAAAAAUCUGCGACGCUAGGUCGUGCAUUACAGACAUCCUGGGUCAAGCAAAAUAUGCAUGACAAACCUGGAAACAUUCCAGACCCAGACAUUUUUGCAUUUGAUAAUGACGUCCCGUACCCGAUUCCCUACAAGGAUUGCACGGUGAGCCAGGUUAUCAAAUGUAAAAGUGUCUGGGUCUGGAAGAAUGCAACUUGUGAUGCUGCAUUUAGAUUCCAAAAAAAUCUGUAUUGCAUGAGUACCAAAGGGAAUGCAAUUUUUGCUACGCUGAGCAGGCAUUUGUCAUGCGGAAUAGGCAUCAAGAAGCCCUCAAGAAAUCUGUAUUGCUAGGGUAUGCAUCACAGACGUCAUGGCUCAUGCAAAACGUGCAUGACAAGUGUCAGAAUCUUCCAGACCCAGACAUUUUUACAUUUGAUACAGGUUUUCGAAAAGUUCAACGUGCCCAUCCACCUGGACUGCCGGCAGGGCAAAUGCAGGACCUGCGAAAUGGAGGCGGUUAUCAAAUGCAAAUAUGUCUGGGUCUGGACGGUUGAAUCUGUAUUGCAUGUUUCGCAUUCCUAAAAAAUCUGUCUUGCAUAAGCAGCAAAUAAAGCACCGCACUUUCGUCAUGCAAAAGCGCAGUUUGUACUGCGUUCUGCGCGGCAUGAGAAAGCGUUUGACUUAUUUGUCAUGCUGCGCUGCACUUACAGGCACAGUCAAUCAUGACCUUUCAGCAUUACAAGUUUCCAGACCCAGACACUUUUGCAAUCCAUAGCGGUCCUUCGGGGUUCGAAUGCUAGCGGACGGGAGAAAGAUAUCCAAGAAAAAAACAUUGUAGGUGUAACUUUUUUGGAGGAACAGCAUUACAAAUUUGUCUGGCAUGACAGCAAAAACCUGUCAUGCGCAGAUAGUACGUGAAAACGCCUUUUAAUGGACCCGACGAUGCAUCCCUAGCAUGACAGACGCAAUCAUCUUGCAUGCUGCGCAUCACAAAUUUACACUAACAACGUUUUUUUUUGGAUAAAAGAUCCUCCUGACACAGGCACGGUGAAGAUCCUGGCGUGCCAAGAGCCCUGUCAGGACGAGAUGCGGAUCUUUUACACUUUGCCGGACCUUUAUCGCAAGAAAAAACUGUUUCACAUUGAUGAUUUUGCAAGAUCUGCAUCACAAGUUUGUUACACAUGACAAAGAAAACUUGGCAUGCGUGCUUCCCAAGGGAAAACGCAGCUAAAAAUCCAAUGUCUUGCAUGUGUAGCAAGACAAACACAGUUGCGUUCCGUUCUAUGCAUCACAAGCUUACAGUGAAACAGUUUCUUCUCACGAUAACCUUGUGGUCGGGGGGAAUAAAUCUUCUGCGGCUUUAUCUUCCACUGUAAGUAAUGCAGAAAAUAAAGAUGUUAACACCGACGACACGACGUCCCCUCGGGGAACGGAGGGAACACUCGAAACCGAACCUGCCAGCAGCGGAAAUACGAGACUUGUACCUCCGCGAAAGAAUUUGUACAAUCCCUAUGACGCUAUCAACAUCGAUGCGAAAGCGGCCAGGUCGGUGCACACGAUUCGCGACGAGUCCGGGCGUAUGCUCUGCAAAAGUAUCGCAUAUAAAUCGCAGUCAUGCAAGACAAAUACUUCUUCCAAGGUUCGUCAGCAUCACAAAUUAUACGUUUUGUUGUCUCGCCAAAAUUUGUGAUGCGAUUUCUACCAGUGCGAUACCUUUGCAAUGCAUAGGGAGCGUUCUGUCGAAGUACAACAAUGCGGGUGCGAAGACGGCGAGUCGGCGCAAGGCAAAAACGGUGGAGGAGUACAAAAAACUCCGGCUCCAGGUGGAGGAGUACGUGUGGCUUCUGGACGAAGCUAUUGUGAAGAAAAAUUUCCCCUCCCCAUACUGAAAAUAAGGUAUGCUUCUCAAAUAAAUUUGUGAUGCUGAUUUGUGACCACAAAUCCUGUCUCUCUUGCAAGAGGGCAAAGCCAAAGAAUCCGCCGCAUUAUGCAGGCGGUUUGCAAUGCUGUUGCGGCUACAUGGCAGGCCUCUGCUAUGCUAAGCACCUACACCAAAAUACUCCUAGGCAGGCCUAGGCUCUGCCUGCAGUGCCUCACUGCAAGACAGAGCUGAUUUGUGUACACAAAUCCAGCAACAGAAAACCCCGCUUCAAUACGAGGAGGGGGAAUUUUUCACUUUGAUAGAAGCGAUGGGCGAUUUUGACAAGGAAAAGGAGUGUCUGGAGGGCAUGGAGGGCCUGUUCGGCGACGAUGCACUUGGCGAAGUAGAGCAGAAUGGAGAUAGUGCCGCACGGGACAUAAGAAAUCCAAAUCUCACAGUUCUUUACGAUCAGGUUCGGCACGGAUCCCGGGCCAACAUGCUGGAGCAGUUCUACCUCCUCCUCGCCUACAGCUCCUUUAAGGACAUCUCUAUUGUAGCGAAAAAAAGGCACGUGCAGCUGUUGCAGCACUACUAUAAAGACACGAACGGCAUACCCCCCGAGAACUCCUCCAGUCCCAGCCGGGACAUUCAGUUCUGAAAGUGGUUGAAGUGAAAAAAUGAAAAUCCUAGAGGUUUAUUUCCCGAAGCGCGCGCCGGCCAUCGGGUGGGAUAGUACUUAGUGCUUUCUGGUUCAGACUGUGGUGAUGUUGUUCUGAGCGGACUUGCUAGAGAAAGACAUCGUGGUUUUGGUCAGUUGUACCGCCGCAGCGCCAUUGAGAACUACGGUCCCGGGAACUGAUAAACAGCUUACCAAAUGUGAUGUUUUCUCGAUUAUGUUUUUAGGUCACGAAUGCAAGAGGAAAAAUGUUGACCAGGAGGAU